ACAAGUGAAAGUGUCCCAAAAGUGCCGCAAAAAAUUAAAUAAAAAUUGUAUAAUAAUUAUAAUCGACCUCAAAUCGUGUUGCCUGUGCGGCUUAACUUCCUCCACAGUUGGUUUCAAUCGAAUUUGCCAGGAUGCCGAGCUCAAGACGUGCCAUUCUGAAGCACAUAUUGUCGGGUCUGUGCACCAAAAUGAACCGAACCAAGUCGGUGCCCACUGACGUCAUGGAGACGCCGCUCAACCGAUGUCUCAACACCUUCGACAUCGCCUUACUGGGCAUUGGCCAUAUGGUUGGCGCUGGCAUCUACGUGCUGACCGGCACCGUGGCCAAGGAGAUGGCCGGACCCGGCAUCAUCCUCUCCUUUGUCCUGGCGGGCUUCAUCUCGAUGCUGGCCGCGCUUUGCUAUGCGGAGUUUGGGACGCGAGUGCCCAAGGCGGGAUCCGCCUACGUAUACACGUACAUCUCGAUGGGCGAGUUCUGGGCCUUUGUCAUCGGCUGGAAUAUCCUGCUGGAGCACAUGCUUGGCGCUGCCUCGGUGGCCAGGGCCUGGAGUGGCUACGUCGACUCAAUGCUGGGCGGUUGGAUUGGCAACACAACGCUGGAGCUAACUGGUGGCAUCCACGAGCCAGGACUGGCACAAUAUCCGGAUAUCCUGGCCUUCCUAGUGUGCAUUGUGUACGCUGCCGCCUUGGCCGGAGGAGUCAAGGCCACGGCGGUAUUCAACAGUCUGCUCACCCUUGUCAAUAUCGCCGUUAUGGUGUUGGUCAUCAGCGUGGGCUUCUGGUAUGCGGACACCAAUAACUGGUCGGAGGCGGAGGGCGGCUUCUUGCCUUACGGCAUCGGUGGCGUCAUUGCAGGAGCGGCCACCUGUUUCUACGCCUUCGUGGGCUUCGACUCCAUCGCCACCUCCGGGGAGGAGGCCAAGAAUCCCUCGGUCUCCAUACCCAUUGCCACUAUUCUGUCCCUGUUCGUGGUCACCGUCGGCUACAUCCUCGUGAGCGCCGCCCUCACUCUCAUGAUCCCCAUCAGCGAGAUUAACCCGGCUGCCUCGCUGCCGGAGGCCUUUGGCCAACUGAACCUCUCCUGGGCCAAGUACUUGAUUUCCAUUGGAGCGCUGUGCGGGAUGACCACCACUUUGUUGGGCUCCCUGUUUGCCCUGCCGCGCUGCAUGUAUGCCAUGGCCUCCGAUGGACUGCUCUUCAGCUGCUUCGGCAAGGUCAACUCCACCACACAGGUUCCGCUGCUCAACCUGGUAGUGUCCGGGGUUCUUAGCGCCUGCCUUGCUCUGGUCUUCGACCUCGCCAAGCUGGUGGAGUUUAUGUCGAUUGGAACCCUGCUGGCCUACACCAUUGUCUCGGCCAGUGUGAUCAUCCUGCGGUACCGGCCCAUGGAGCGGAUCCACACAACUAUACGGGUGCCAGCUCUGCCGGGCAGUCCUGACGACGACGACGACGAUGACGAGGAGGUGGCCUCACAGUCCAGCAUGGAUACGUCGUCGCCCACCAGUGAGAUGAUCGAAGAGGUGCUGGCCGGCAGGUUAAAGAGCCAAUUCCGGUGCCUGGAGCCACUGCUGGGUCGCUUCGAGCCCGGAUCUGUAGUGUCCGUGGCUGUGAUGCUCUUCAUCUUUCUGAGCUUCGCCAUCUGUGUGGAACUGAAGGUGUCGUGGACGCAGCUGUACACUGGCACCUGGUGGGCCCUGAUCAUCUACGGCUUCAUCAUCUUCGCCGCCAGCACCUGUGUGGCAGUGAUGGCUGUGCACAACCAAAACACCAGGGGUCUAGUCUUCAAGGUACCGUUGGUUCCCUUUGUUCCGGCUCUUGGAAUCUUCUGCAACAUCCUUUUGAUGGUCCACCUGGACGCCGUUACCUGGGUGAGAUUCUUUGUCUGGGUGUGCAUCGGCAUGGUGGUGUACUUCCUAUACGGCAUCCGAAACAGCAAGGAGGGAGAGGUGUGCUCCUCGUACUCAAUCCUCAUGACCACUUCGGAGGCCGGCAAGGUUCCGUGGGGUUCGUUCAAGGGUACAGCUUCUACGGGCAAGGCCAAAAGUUGCGGCAAGCACUCCAUCUUCGAGAGAUUCACUGGACGGAGCAAGGCGGACGACAAAAAGUCCAUUGUGGAGGAGAGUGAAAACGAAACUUCUGGAUAUUCCUAAGUCAAUUCUUCCGAAACGGAUUCUGUAGCCUUUUAUUAUUAAUUGUAUUAUGUUGAAAAUCGAAUCUGAAACCUUUUUGAGAAGCUUAUUUAAAUUUAAAGAUCAGGCUCUGAGUAUAAUAAACUCAAUUCCAGAUCAAGGAUCUAAUCUGAAACAAAUAUCGGGAGAAACUGAAAAAAUACACAUUGUUUUGAAUACUAAAAAACCUAUUUAAUCAAAAUCUUAAAUGUAAAUAGCUAAAGCUUACUAAUUUAUAUUGUAUUUUUUUGCCUGGAACAAAGUUCUGUUGAAUAAUUUAAAAAACAUCAUGAAAUAACAAUAAUAAGGUACAAAUUCACUCUUAAAACAACUCUGAAUGUCUAGUUAACUGUCAUUAUAAAAAGUUCUUAAGUUACAGUUUCCAUUCUAAUUAUUUAGGUAUUAUUAGAGGCUACGGUUUGAAUCGGUGCAACAGAUCCCUCUUUACUUAAUCUCUUCGAAUUCUAUGCAUUCCUAAAAAACCCAACGUUGAACGAGACAUAUGGCUAACACUUAUGAUCGAGAAAACUUUUGGUAACUAUUAUAACGGAGUACCUUUACCACAAAACAUAGUAUAGCUGUCUACUGAGUGUUAUUCCAAAAGCGUAUUGCAGAAAUCGUAUUGCAUAUAUACAAACCAACAUAUUUACUUUGCAAAAACGUACAAAUAUAUUUAUAAAACGUUAUGCACACUCGGCAUUUGUUAAACAAUAGUACAUGUCUUUCAAUAACUACAUAUACAUACAUAUAUAUAAAUAUAUAUUUAUAACUGUG